AUGUGCAGUGUGCCGUUAUCAGUUUUGGCCGUCUUCGGCGUCGCUCUAGUAACAUCCGAGCUUUACGGCGAGAAUUUAGACGAGCCAUGCGAAGUGGAGGAGGCUGGCAACAUUCCUGGAAAAUGCACGCCGGACUACAAAUGCGAAUACGCCGAGAAGCUCAUCAAUGAGGAAGAGAAAAAGCCGACGGACUGCUUCAACAAUGGCACCUACAGGCUGGUGUGUUGCCCGAUCGAUAUUUAUCAAACCGGCGUCUUGGGCAGGACCUUCAUGGACUCGCAAGACGGGAAGCUGACGGACGGCGAGCUGGAGUGCCGUUACACGGGCGACUUCCCGAUGGUCUGCUGCAAACGCCAGCCAAUAGUGACCACUCGCAAGCCAGAAAUAAACGACCGCUCCUACCUGAAAUGCCGCGACGACCAAAGUACUGCGGCGGCCUGCGACGCAUGCUACACGUACUCGGAGCCGCGACUCGGCAUGGCGGUGUGUCCACAAAACACCGUGCCGAAGAUCGCUUACGGGGAGAUAGCUGACAUCGAAGAGUUCCCUCACAUGACUAUCCUUGGGUGUAGAAAGAAGAAGGUGGAUCCGAAUGACCCUGACAUCGCGUGGAUCGGCGCUGGCACAUUGAUCAGUCCAUUGUUCGUGCUGACGGCGGCCCAUGUGCUGUUUGACCCUAGCAAG